UAUCUGGGUUGAAUUAUAUAUUUUCCCCAUUUUUCACCUUUUACAAUAUAAAUUAAAAUUUAAUUGAUUUUCAAAGUUUACUAAUUUGUGAUCUAGCUGUUACUAUUGAAUUGCUGCAGGAUCACCAGGAUGUGGAUCUAAGAUCUGUAAAUCUGUUUUUUUAAGUUUCUAACUCAUUGAGAUGGAAUCAAGCAUACAAGAAGCUCGUAGAGCUAAAGAAAGUGCAGAGAAGCUAUUUGCGGUUAAAGAUUUUGCCGGUGCAAAGCGGUCUGCUUUAACGGCUCAAGCUUUUUGCCCCCAAUUGGAGGGUAUUGCUCAUAUGGUGGCUACUUUCGAAAUAUACGCUGCCUCUGAGUUUAAAAUAAAUGGGGAAGUAGAUUUAUAUUCUGUUAUUGGGUUAGAUCCGUCUGUAGAGAGAUCUGUACUGAAAAAACAAUACAAAAAGUUGGCAGUUCUUUUGCACCCUGAUAAGAACAAGACUAUUGGGGCUGAUGAGGCUUUUAAGCUCAUCUCAGAAGCAUGGACAGUUUUGUCAAAUAAUGCAAAAAGAAAGUCAUAUGAUGCCAAGAGAAAUAGGAACUUAUCGGGUAUGUUUGACAGGUCAAAUAUAUCUGCUGGGGUCAGGUCAGACACAUUUUGGACCGUGUGCACGACAUGUCGGGUCCAGUAUGAAUAUCUUAGAAAAUAUGUGAACAAACGACUUUCUUGUAAGAACUGCCGUGGGGUUUUUGAAGCUGUUGAAACGGGUACUGCUCCAGUGGCAUUUUGCCCAUGGGCGUAUACAACUGAUAAUGGGUUCACUAAUCAUUCGUACACUACAGCUACUUAUGGGUCAGCAGCUUUUCAUUCUGGAAAUGGAUCCAAGCUCACCAACAAUUUGUCGUUUCAGUGGGAUACUUCUGCUAUAUCAGAUCCUACUGGAUUUUCCUAUAGCUCUAUAAAUCAUGGUCAUAUGACUAAUGGAAAUGUCAGCACAGCAAAAGCAAAUGGAAAGACUCUAGGUAGGCCUCGUAAGAAAAGAAAGUUGGAAGUGGGAGAUGCACCUAGGACCUCAAACAGUGAAACAGUUCCAAUAAUGGAACCAGAUGUGGGUGUAAAAAGUGUCCUAAGCAGGUGCUAUUCUGUUGCCCCUGCCUUUGAUGCUAGAAAAUUAUUAAUCGACAAAGCACGAUAUGUAAUUCGAGUCAAGUUAGGGGAAAUGAAGAUGGCUUCGAAAGCUGAGAAGAAUGAGAAAGUGACGAAAAAGAUGAUAAGUGUUCCUGACCCGGAUUUCCAUAAUUUUGAUAUGGAUAGAUCAGAGGAUGUUUUUAAGGUGAAACAAAUAUGGGCAAUUUAUGAUGAAGAAGACGGGAUGCCCCGUCUUUACUGUUUGAUCCGUGAAGUUCUUUCCGUGAAACCGUUCCGGGUUUAUAUCAGCUACCUGAAUUCAAAAACCGAUAUUGAAUUUGGCUUUGUGAGAUGGAUUGAAUCCGGAUUCACUAAAUCUUGUGGAAGUUUUAGGGUUUUUCAUUCGGAGGUUGUUGACCAAGUCAACAUCUUUUCUCAUCUUUUGGGACGAGAGAAGGCUGGUAGAGGAGGUUGUGUCAGGAUAUACCCAAAAUCUGGUGACAUAUGGGCUGUGUAUCGAAAAUGGUCAGAUGAAUGGAGCAGAAAAACGCCAAAAGAAGUGAUUCAUCAGUAUGAAAUGGUGGAGGUUCUUGGUGAUUAUUCUGAUGAACACGGAAUCUGUGUGGCUCCUAUGAUCAAGUUAGACGGGUACAAAACAGUGUACCGAAGAAACCCUGAUGAGCUCGCAGUUCGCUGGAUUCCAAGGAGAGAAAUGUUGCGAUUUUCUCACCAGGUUCCAUCUUGCUUGCUAAAAGGUCAAGCCCAGGACUUGCCAGAUGGGUGUUGGGAUCUUGACCCUGCUGCAACACCAGAAGAGCUUCUUUACUCAGGAAUGAAGGAAAAACCCGAAGAUGCAGUGGCCCGGGAUGCUGAAGGAGAUAGGUGAAGUCGUGUAGUCGUUUAUUCCGACUAGUUAUGAGAUUUAUAAUGUACAGAUCUGAUAUACAUAGCGACAAUGGAUAAUUGUUCAAAAAUUAGAUAGCUUCAAGGACACAUUUGGUCUUAGAGGGCUUAUUUUUGUACCAUCUAUAAAAUUUCAUAUAAAAAUGCAUAUUAACCCUUGAUAA